AAUCUGGUUUAUUAAGGUCUCUCGUUCUCCUCCUAAAUUCAAUUGCAUGAAAGGCUGUUUCGCUGUUGGAUUUCCGAGAAAGUCAGCCGCAAAAACCAUCUCUCGUGAGCGUGAAUGUGGGUUCCGUCCGUCGGGAAUGUCGAGCGCUCUCGUGCGUGCCUUUGAAAUUGCUCUGAAUCCUUAGCGUCUGGCCGGAAUUUCGGGAUUUUCUGUCAUCUGGGUUCGAUUCGAUUUGCUCAGAGGAUUCCAGUUUUUGGCGUGCGAUUAGCGAACAAGGAGAUAUUCGUAUGAUCUAGGAUUUGAUUUUUCUGGGAAAACAGAUGAAAUUACAGGAUUGAGGAGAAAAAGAGAACAAGGAUUCGAAUGGAAAGGGUGAUAAGAGCUGCGAGAUGUGAUCCCCUGGGAGAAUAGAUGAAAUUGCCGGAUGAUUAUAACGUUGAGGAAAAGGGUUUUAUAUGGGGCGAGCAUUGGGAUCGAUUGGUGGUUCUCUGCGUUGUUGCUCAUCACGAUCUCUGCGUCUGAUACGGAAGAAAUUGGAAUGGCCUGCUUCCAGAAGAGCCCCACCACUGACAGAGAGAACGACCAGGCCAUAGCGAUCCUCAAGAAAGGAGCUUAUCUUCUCAAGUAUGGACGAAGGGGAAAACCCAAGUUCUACCCAUUCCGGCUUUCCAGCGAUGAAACAGUUCUGCUCUGGUACUGCGGCAAAAAGGAGAAACGCCUUAAACUGAGUUCUGUCUCGAAGAUCAUACCGGGCCAACGAACUGCAGUUUUUAAGCGAUAUCCUCAACCAGAGAAGGAAUAUCAGUCUUUCUCUCUUAUAUAUGGUGACCGUUCCUUGGAUUUGGUAUGCAAGGAUAGAGAUGAAGCAGAGUUCUGGAUUACGACGAUUCGUGCUCUUCUCUCACGACGCAAAUCUUCUCAGUUGAUAAACCAUUCAAGAAACCUUAGUUUCUUCCCCGGCAAUGAUCUCUCUUACUCAAACUCUGUUUCAAAUCUCAGCUCUGCCAGCAGUGAAAUCAGCUACAAGGAGGUAGGAGAAACUGAAAGGGCCUUCUCAAGGUCUUGCAAGAGCACUCCACCAAGGCUGGGGAAAGUUUUUUCAGAUGUUCUGUCACAAACCGCUGUAGUUAGGGCAUUUUCUUCGGAGGGUUUCGGAGAAAAGCCGAAUCAUUCGCUGCCCGAUAACCACGAGAAUCCACCUAGCCGCUCCUCUGAAGUCGAUGCAGGAAAAUCCAGUUUUUCCAGCUCUGUGAUUUCAUCUGGAUCUGGGCAAGUAUCUUGUCAUGAAGAUUCUCUCUGUGAUGUUUUUGUCUGGGGAGAAGGCUUUGGCAAUGGCGUAUCAUCAUCCGACGGUAUGAGCAGGGCAGGUGGGAGUAGCUAUGGUUCAAUGAGCGAUUUGUUUUCGCCUAAAGUCCUCAACUCACAUGUUGCAUUAGAUGCACAUGCUCUUUCUUGUGGCUCUAAGUACAUGGCAUUGGUCACAAAGCAUGGCCAGAUGUACAGUUGGGGUGAAGAAUCUGGUGGGAGAUUAGGCCAUGGAAUUUCUUCUGACAUUCCACAGCCUAAGCUUAUCGACGAACUCGAAGGAUCAUCGAUAGAGUUUGCUGACUGUGGGGAAUUUCAUACGUGUGCUGUCACAGUCACGGGGGAUUUAUAUGCGUGGGGAGACGGGAUUCACAAUCUUGGUCUACUAGGACUCGGUAACGAAGCCAGCCACUGGAAACCGGUGAGAAUCCUCGGUGAAAUGGAGGGCAUACAUGUCAGGAGCGUGUCUUGCGGGUCAUGGCAUACGGCCGUUGUAACAUUGGAUGGAAGGUUGUUUACAUUUGGAGAUGGUGCUUUUGGUGCUCUUGGCCAUGGUGAUCGGUCAAGCACGAGUAUACCUAGGGAGGUCGAGGCGUUAAAAGGAUGCAGAACGGUAAAGACAUCAUGUGGUGUUUGGCACUCGGCUGCCAUUGUUGAGAUCUCAGCUUCGGACAGCUCUCUGUCAGGACGACUUUUUACAUGGGGUGACGGAGAAAAGGGUAAACUCGGACAUGAUAAUGAAGAAUCUAAGCUAGUUCCAUCUUCUGUAACUGCAGUGGAGACAACUAGCUUCCGACAGGUAGCUUGCGGACAGAGCGUUACAGUCGCUCUGUCUGAAUCUGGACGGGUGUACAUCACGGGAACUGCUGAUCCAAGCCUCGAGAAAAUCAUCAAGGUUCCUGCUUGUGUCGUGGAUGGCAUAGGAAAGAGUUUAGUUGAAGAGGUGACGUGUGGAUUACGUCAUAUCGCGGUUUUGAACUCGAAAACCGAAGUCUACACUUGGGGAAAAGGAUCAAACGGGCAACUCGGGCAUGGAGACACCGAAGACAGAGGCAUACCGACUCUGGUCAAAGCUCUGAAAGGCAAACAGGUGAAGAGGAUAGUAUGUGGUUCUAACUUUACAGCAGCCAUUUGUCUUCACAAGCCGAUCUCUUGCAAAGACAGCUCGAGGUGUUCCAGUUGUCGGAACCCUUUUAAUUACCUGAGGAAGCCUCACAACUGUUACAACUGCGGGAGCAUUUUCUGCAACUCGUGCACGAGCAAGAAAUCUCUAGCGGCAGCCAUGGCUCCUAAGGUGCAGAAGCCUUUCCGGGUAUGCGAUGACUGUUACGAGAAACUUGAAGGAGUUAGAGAAUCUGAAGGAUUUCCCCCGGGGAAUCUUAGGCGUUCAAAUGCGAGUAUACAUUCGAGCAGCAACGACAUAGAUGAAAAGGAAUCGCUCGGCGGAAAGCCGCAACGCCAACUUCUCAGGUUGGAUUCAUUCGAUUUUUUCAGACAAGCCAAGAGCCCGGAACUGAAACACGUCGGAGAAGCCUCUAGAGUAAGCCAUUGGAUGAUGAAGUCGAGUAGUAGCGAGACGGACAUUAAAGGCGUGAAAGGAGUACGCCGACUUUCCAGGCUCACCUCUUUCGAUUCGUUCAAACAAGAAGGAGGGAGGCAACGUUCAAAGCAUUAUGCUUCGAAAUCCGACACUUCCUCUCUGGUAAGACAUUCAGUUGCCGCUACUCAGAGGGCAUCGGCCGAGUUGUUGUUUCCUUUGUCGGUAAAAUCCAGCCCCGUCUAUUCCGCUGCCACAACUUCAGACUAUUAUACUGACCUUCCCGAUCCAGAGUUGCCGCAAGAUGGAUCGAAGAAGAGAAAUCACUGUCUGAACCAGGAAAUUGCUGUACUAAAAGCACAGGUGGAAGAUCUAACACAGAAAACGAAACAACUGGAAACCGAGCUGGGAACGUCGUCUAAGAAACUGGAGAUUGCGAUGUUGGUGGCAAGAGAAGAAACAGAGAAGAACAGAUCUUCAAAGGAAGCAAUCAGGUCCCUUACCUUGCAGUUGAUGGAGGCGACGAAGAAAGAAGCAGACACGACAAGGCGUCGCAGAAUCUCCUUCUAGCCUUCAGAGAGGAUCAAUCACUGCCUUGUGUUUCUUGCGGAUGGGGGCAAAUUGAACAAAUUGAAAAUACGAUACCUAAAGUGAAACAAAUGGAGAAUGCUGGGUAACUUCGUUAAAAGUCUCUCUCUCUCUCUUCCUUCCAUUUUUGUGUGUAGCAAAGGGUUCUUUCUUGUAAUACAACUAAAAUAUCAAUAAUAGUGUAUCGUGAAAAUCAAAUUA